CCAUCGUGAAGCGCCAUGUCCUAGCUGUAAAGUAAUAGGGGGACCCACCUUAGUAUCUAGCUUUAAUCCUGGUACCUUGUUUUGAUUGAACUAUUAAAGAAGCGUCACUCUCCACAUGGACUUUUCUUGAGCUCUGAUAGCAGCAAAGGUUGACUAGCAGUCUAGUACUAGCUGUUAGAGAUUGCUGUAUUGUCACCAUCAGUGUGCAGAAGGAAAACUGAAACAAUUUGGACCCUAUAGCACUCUGAAUUUGACCAGGAAUAGUCUUUUGCUUUCAGGAUUGAGACAAAAAUUAGGUAUCGCUCGAGAUAUAAAGUAGCUGUGCAUUCAUCGUCCAAAAGCCAACUCUGCAACAAUGGCUCCUCCUCUUGCAACUCUCCUUGCUACUGCUUCCAUCCUCUCUUUCUUUGCUCUGUUCCCAAAAGCUGCAUCCCGUGACACUCUAUCACCGGGUUCAUCUCUCAGGGUUGAAUCCUACCAAACCAACAUCUUGCAAUCAUCAGAUGGCACUUUCUCCUCUGGCUUCUAUGAAGUCUAUACCAACGCCUUCACAUUUUCAAUAUGGUACUCAAAGGCAGCCAGCAGGACCAUUGUCUGGAGCGCAAACCCUGACCGCCCUGUACAUGCCAGGAGGUCGGCUAUAACCUUGCAGAAGGAUGGCAACAUGGUCCUUACAGAUUAUGAUGGAACAGUCAUGUGGCAAGCUGAUGGCAACUUCACAAAUGUUCAACAUGCUCAUCUUUUGAACACUGGGAAUCUCAUCAUCAAGGACUCAAGAGGUAACAUUGUCUGGCAAAGUUUUGAUUCACCAACAGACACUUUCCUACCAACACAACACAUCACUGAUACCACAAAGCUAGUCCCUACAACUCAAUCGCAUAGUCCUGGUAACUAUAUCUUCCGAUUCAGUGACCAAUCAGCACUUUCACUUAUAUAUCAUGUGCCUGAAGUUUCGGAUAUAUACUGGCCAGACCCUGAUCAAAGUCUCUACGAGGUUGGCCGAAACCAGUAUAAUAAUACAAGGUUGGGAAUCCUCAGUGAGAGUGGGAUGCUUGCAUCGAGCGAUUUUGCAGAUGGCCAACCACUUGUAGCCUCUGAUGAAGGGCCAAGCAUCAAGAGAAGGUUAACUCUUGAUCCCGAUGGUAAUCUCCGUCUGUAUAGCCUGAAUGAUUCAGAUGGGUCAUGGUCAGUUUCAAUGGUAGCAAUGUCCCGACCUUGCAAUAUUCAUGGUUUGUGUGGUCCUAGUGGAAUCUGCCAUUACUCACCUAAACCUACAUGUUCAUGCCCACCAGGUUAUGUGAUGAGAAACCCAGGUAACUGGACUGAAGGUUGUAUGGCUAGCGUUAACAUAACAUGUGAUCAUUAUGACAAAAAAUCUGUGAAGUUUGUAAAACUCCCAAACACGGAUUUUUGGGGGUCAGAUCAGAAACAUCGUCUGUCAGUUUCUUUUCAUACUUGUAGGAAUAUUUGCAUCAGUGACUGCACCUGUAAAGGCUUUCAAUAUAAGGAAGGUACAGGAUCGUGCUAUCCAAAAGCUUAUCUUUUCAGUGGAAGAACUUACCCAACAAAGGAUGUAAGGACUAUAUAUCUCAAGCUUCCAAUAAGUGUGAGUGUUUCAGAUGUUAUUCCACAUUCCACUGUGUUUGAUUCUGUGCUACGCCAUCUGGACUGUGAUCAGAUGAACAAAAGCAUCAGAGAACCAUUUCCAGAUGUGCACAAGACUGGUGGAGGAGAAUCAAAGUGGUUUUACUUCUAUGGGUUCAUAGCUGCAUUUUUUGUUGUUGAAGUUUCCUUUAUUUCGUUUGCAUGGUUCUUUGUUUUGAGAAGAGAGCUUAGGCCAUCAGAACUAUGGGCAGCUGAGGAAGGUUACAAAGUAAUGACUAGUAAUUUUCGAAGGUAUAGUUACCGAGAACUUGUCAAGGCAACUCGAAAGUUUAAAGUUGAGCUAGGAAAGGGAGGCUCAGGGACUGUAUACAAAGGUGCCCUUGAAGAUGAUAGGCAAGUGGCUGUGAAGAAGCUGGAAAAUGUAAAGCAAGGCAAGGAAGAGUUUCAAGCUGAGCUAAGUGUAAUUGGGAGGAUCAAUCACAUGAAUCUUGUGAGGAUAUGGGGCUUUUGUUCAGAAGGAUCUCAUAGGUUGUUGGUUUCUGAAUAUGUUGAGAAUGGAUCACUGGCUAACAUUUUGUUCAAUGACAAAAACAACAUCUUUUUGGAUUGGAAGGGACGGUUUAAUAUCGCGUUAGGCGUUGCAAAAGGGUUAGCCUAUCUUCACCAUGAGUGCUUAGAGUGGGUCAUCCAUUGUGAUGUGAAACCUGAGAACAUACUGUUAGAUGAAAAUUUGGAGCCUAAGAUCACUGACUUUGGGUUGGCAAAAUUACUAAACAGAGGUGAGUCAAACCAGAACGUUUCCCAUGUUAGAGGAACAUUAGGUUACAUUGCUCCUGAAUGGGUAUCUGGUCUCCCCAUCACAGCAAAAGUUGAUGUAUACAGCUACGGAGUUGUGCUCCUUGAGCUUUUAUCAGGUACCAGAGUUUCAGAGUUGGUUGAAGGUUCAGAGGAGGUUCAUAAUAUGCUUAGGAAGCUUGUCAGGAUGCUUUCUGAAAAACUGGAAGGGGAAGAAGAAUCGUGGAUUGAUGAGUUUGUGGAUUCGAAAUUGGACCAGCCAGUCAACUACGUGCAAGCAAGAACACUAAUCAAAUUGGCAGUGUCCUGCUUGGAGGAAGACAGAAGCAAGAGACCAACCAUGGAAUAUAUAGCAAAGACCCUCCUGGAAGCUGAUGAUUGAAUGGCCGAAUGGACUAUAUGUGUAUUUCCUGCUUGGACAGAGAUAGAAGCAAUAGACCAACUCCAUAUCAGCUGAUCAAGCUGAUAAUAAGUUGUGUAUAAUAUAUUUCUUAGACAAUAUUUCCGGCUUUUACACUAAAAUAAGUAACCUGUACAGAGUAUUUUUGGUUUGUCAGAUGAAUAUGUGAUAUGUAUUAGAAGUCAGUGAUAAUCAUGGAACCAGUGGCGAAACUAGUACCGCCAUGGAUGAAGCCAGGUAGGCGUGCGUUCUUAUCUGAAUAGCUGCUGUUCGCUCUCACAGUUGUGAAAAGGGUGUGUUCCUCAAAGGCUCAAACUAGUUUGAAGUUGCAUUUUCUCCUUUGGUGAUAUCUAGUAGUCUGUUACCAGCACAGACUUGUACCAGUAAUUUAAGUUUCCUUUAAGACAGAUACUAGUGUCUCAGUUCGAUGA